AUGGCGCUUGAGCCCCAUGGCUACCCGCCGCCCUCUUACCCGCCACCCGAUUACGGGUAUGGGUCGGCCUAUGGGGCGCCUGCUGCGGCCUACCCAGGGUAUCCGCCGGAGUAUGGCUACGCCUAUGGGGCACCGCCCGCCUACCCCAGCUACGGCUACGGCGCCCCGCCUCCGGGCUACGGCCCGCCGCCGCCGGGCCCGGAGGGCUACGGCGCCCCGCCGCCAGGCUACGGGGCGCCGCCGCCGCCGGGCUACGGGGCGCCGCCGCCGCCGGGCUACGGGGCGCCGUAUGGGGCUGCGGCCUCGUCUUCGGCGCCAGGCUACGGGGCGUUAGAGAAGAACUCCUCCUACGCUCGUCGGGAGACCCGGGAUACCCGGGAUACCCGAGACCGGGACCGACAGCGCAAACAAGCGCCUGGCCGCAUAGAGCCAGGCGAGAGGAGGAAGGGCAAGGAAGGCGGAAAGAAAGGCAGAGGCAAAGGCAAGGGAAAGGACAGAGACAAGGAGAAGGGAGGAAAUGAGAAGAAGCAAGAAGGAGGCGAGGACGCCUCCGCGGAGGGAGGUGCCGAAGGCGGAAAGGGCAAAGGCAGAGGGAAAGGAAAGGGCAAGGGCAAAGGCAAGAAGGGAAAGGUCGCCACCAAGAUUGCCUGGGGCGAGCCUUGCUUCGUGGGGCGACUUAGGAACUACAAUGCGGAGAAGAAGGCCGGCAUCAUCGCGUGUGCGGAGGCAUAUGCCAUGUGCGGCCAGGAGGUCUAUGCCUAUGGCUCGGUCCUGGAGACGGCCAAGGUUGGGGUGGGAGACACCAUGGUCUUCUUCAUCCACUGGUCCAAUUGGGGUCAGCCACAGGCGUCCUAUGAGCUGCUGCGGAUCCACUCGAUGACCGGCAUGGCCUUGAAAGGCACUUUCAAGAUGGCGGACGAGAAGACCGGCGGCGAGAAGGCGAUCGUUUCACAGGGAUCCUUCAUUGGCCUUCCCAAGAGCGACGCCAUGGCCGAAGAGGGAAAUACGGUGGACAUCCCUUAG